AUGCUAUUUGGAGUUUUGCUACUGAUGUCUCGCUUAAGUGAAUGGGCAAGCGCUGAUUCUUGCGAUUAUACAAAAUGGAUGGAGGAGGAUUACACGGAUCAUAUGAUAAGGCUUUCUUUGACAGUUCGAGGAUCGUACAGCCAUGAGAAGAACUGGGUCUUCUGUGAUUUGAUUGAUUAUUCCAACGUUCCUAAGCUUUGGAAGUGCAGUAACGAGAAAACCCUUGACGAAUUAGUUCAAAAACACAAAUUGUUGCAAGACGAAGUGGAAGGGAGAGGUUUGUGCAACAAACCGGUAAUCACAAAAACAAAACCCUAUGAACAACAGGUCAAGAACUUGAAGGCUGAACUCCAGCGAUGGAAAGAAAAAAUACAAGCAAAAAAAAUAAUAAUUAAAAAGGCAGAAGAAGUAAUAUGCAGCGAGAACAGCAAAAAAGCAACAUAUUCAACUGAAACAGUUGCGACCCUUCAAACAUCAAACAAAGAGAAAAUUAAAAAAAUUGACAAGUCAAAGCAACAGUGCAACGACAGCAUUACCCAACAUAUUAUUAAUUCCACAACAGAAAUCCUGCGGAUGAAAAAUGCUUCUCUUUACAACCUGAAAAGACAUCUUAAUUCGAUGACGCAAAUGUUUGAGGAAGGAAUGAAGAAACGCAGUUGCACCGUUUGCUCUGCCGAAACAUGUUACAGCACUCCCAGUGUAAAGGCGGAACUUGACAAAAUGUAUCUUGAAAACUCAUGGCUCAAUCUUACUGCAGCACAGAGGGAGCAAUGCCUUCUUGAUGAUACAAUGUUGCUACCAAUGUUAUCUUACAUGAGGAGGAAACCCUUUGAUGGUGCUUAUGCUUAUAACCGAAAUGUAGAUAUGGUGGAAAAAUUAUUUGCACUUGUGAUUUCAUUUUUUUCCUUUUUUCUUUAA